CCUGCAAACCUCGGCUGUGUUCAGUGUCUGAUCCUCGGCUCAGUCUGAUGUUUCUGAAACUAUAACGUGUUGUUGGAGCUGAUGAGGUUUUUACUGACAAACAGGAACAUCACAGCCCCUGUCCACAGAGGAGCGAACAGCCAAUCAGAGCAGAGAACGGCCGGUCUCCAUGGUAACCGCGGAUCGUUUGGGGAAGGGCAGCCUCGGUGUCAAACUUCAGCUGAAGAUAAAAACAUUAACGUGUUUCUGUUUGAGGAGUCGAUGGCAGGGACGUCGAGACACGAUCGAGAGAUGGCGAUGAACGCCAAGCGUCAGCUGUCAGAGUGUCAGGACCCGGUGGAGAGGCUCAGACUGCAGUGUCUGGCCCGAGGAUCGUCUGGGAUCAAAGGUCUGGGCAGAACCUUUAAAAUAAUGGACGACAACAACAACCGCUCCCUAGACUUCAAGGAGUUUCUGAAGGGUUUAAACGACUACGGGAUCCUGAUCGAGAAAGAGGAAGCCACGGCUCUGUUUCAGCACUUUGACCGUGAUGGGAAUGGGACCAUUGACUUUGAUGAGUUUCUCAUCACUCUGAGGCCUCCCAUGUCUAAGGCCAGGAAGGAGGUGGUCAUGCAGGCAUUUCGGAAGCUGGAUAAGACCGGUGACGGGGUGAUCACUGUUGAAGACCUGAGGGAGUUUUAUAAUGCCAAGUACCACCCCAAGUACCAGAAUGGAGAGUGGACAGAGGAUCAAGUCUUCAGGACAUUUCUGGACAGCUUCGACUCUCCAUACGACAAAGAUGGAAAGGUGACCAAGGAAGAGUUUAUGAAUUAUUAUGCUGGUGUGAGUGCAUCCAUCGAUACAGAUGUCUACUUUAUUGUGAUGAUGAGAAAUGCCUGGAAACUCUGAGUUAGCGUCAUUCUGGUAAACAAACUCAGCGUGCG